AUGCGGCUGUAUUCGUCAAAAAUACUGUACGAGGCCUCUGCUUGGGGAGGAGUAGGGGGCGCACAGUCAAUUUUUCGUGUUCGUCAGGUCUCUGCGCUUGGACAAUGGCAUAGAAGGAGAAAUUUAUCUUCAAAGUCCUCAAUUGAGCUCGAGAACCAGCAAUUCCCCACGGACAGCUGGACAAAUCUCCCCCCGCACAUAGCCUCCGCGCUCCCUCGAAAGCUACACCUACAGCCCUCACAUCCCAUUGCCAUAACCCGCAAGCUCAUCGAGUCCCGCUUCCCCGCUGCCACCUACAAGCCCUACAAUGACCUCUCCCCCAUUGUGUCUGUUCACCAAAACUUUGACUCCCUCGGCUUCCCACUUGAGCAUCCUGGACGUAGCAAGACCGACACCUACUAUGUCAACGCUUCCACCGUGUUACGCACCCACACGAGCGCUCACCAAGCCGACACAUUCCGAGCACAGGAAAGCGAUGGAUUCCUCAUAUCUGCGGAUGUCUACCGCCGCGAUGCGAUCGAUAGAAGUCACUACCCGGUGUUCCAUCAAAUGGAGGGCGCGCGCAUGUGGUCACGGGACGAGUACGGCGGAAAUGUAGCUGCUGCUGUCUGGGCCGACUUUGAGAAGCUCCCGAAACACGACAUGGUCAUUGAGGACCCCAACCCUACCAUACACCCUGAGAGGAACCCCCUGCAGGCUUCACAUACAGCAGAGGAGGCCGGAGCUAUCGCGGCACAUCUCAAGCGGAGCUUGGAGAACGUUGUCGUGGAAGUCUUUGGGCAGGCAAAGAAGGCCGCUAUUGCAGCGGGGGAGGAAAAGGGUGACGAAGAGCCAUUGAGGGUGAGGUGGAUCGAGGCUUACUUCCCGUUCACGAGUCCUUCAUGGGAACUUGAAGUGUUCUGGCAGGGUGACUGGCUGGAGCUCCUGGGGUGCGGCGUUGUACAGCAGCAUCUUCCCACAAACGCUGGCGUCCCCUCAAAGCUAGGUUGGGCUUUUGGAGUUGGUCUUGAGCGUGUCGCAAUGCUACUCUUUGGAAUCCCCGAUAUCAGACUGUUCUGGAGUCACGACCCCCGCUUCUUGGAACAGUUCUCGGAGGGUAAGAUUAAUCGCUUUGUGCCCUUCUCGAAACACCCGCCUUGUUUCAAGGAUAUUGCUUUCUGGCUCAAGAGCUCCAGCAGUGCCGCUGGUGGAGGUGUUGGUGCGGGUUUCCAUGAGAAUGAUAUGAUGGAAUGCGUACGCGGUGUUGCAGGAGAUCUUGUGGAGGAUGUUAGGCUGGUUGAUGAAUUCACACACCCUAAAACGGGCAGGAAGAGCGUGUGCUUUAGGAUCAACUACAGAAGCCUGGAGAGGACCCUGACGAACGAGGAGAUCAACAAGCUGCAGGAAGACGUGAGGACUGCCGUUGUUGAGAAGCUAGGCGUGGAACUCCGGUAA